AUGAGAAAUUCCAUGCUAAUUACUAUAUACAGUGUACAAUUAACUGGAUGUGUCAGUUGCUCAAAGAAAGUGUUGAUUUUAUGUAUUAAAACUGAAGAAUUGCGUAAAACGAUUAUGUCAGAAGCCCAGCCACCAGUCAUUCUAUGCAUGGAGAGCGCUACCGGUGAGGAUGUAACCCUUAAGAUUGAACCAGAUGACAGUUUUCAGACAUUCCUUGAAAAGGCCAAAUCGGUACUAGGUUUUGACAUAGACGUUAACUCUAUAACUAGAAACCAACCAGUAGCCCUCACAGAAAACGUGUACCAAUUCUUGAUCAAUACUGAACAGACCAUGCAACCAGAAGGACUAUCACAAACAUUGGAUCCAAUGUUGAGCACCAAUGAAGGCGCUGACGCAAACGAUUUGGUAUACAUUCUUGAUGACGGCACGCAGAUAAGAGCAUCUCAAAUACAUUUUGACAAUGAUGAUCCACUGAUAGACUUAACAGCAGAAAAAAUACCAUUUGUCAAAUACGCUGACGUCACCGAUGAUAUCGAUAUUGAUAAUCUCACAGUUGAAGAAACUAAGAAAAUCAAUAUUGUUGAAAGUCCAGUGUCAAGAUGGUCGAGUAAAAAUUCCAGUCCGAAAUGCAGCUUCGUUAAUUCCUUACCGUUCAAACUCGUAUGUAAUAACACUUCUGGGUUCGAAGCCCAAUUCACUAAAUAUUUAGAAGCUAAUACGUCUAAAACUUACGCAACUUUGAAUCCUGUAACCAUAAGAAAUAAGUCUCCAAAAAGCUUAAUUAAAGAUAACUUUAAAAAUUAUGAUAGUUAUCAAAGAAGUGACAGUCUUUCGUACACUAGAGAAGACAUUCUCAAUAUGUUUAAAGAUUCUCCUAUGACGUCACUUCCCUAUGAUCAGGGUUACAGUGAAAGACGGCAUGUGAGGAAGACGGAUCCGUCAAGGCUGGUCCACAAAAGUUGGAAUAAACCAAUGACUUAUGUAGAUAUUGAUGGAGUUUUGAUUGGGGAGAGUGAGAGUCAGAUCUGUUUUAUCUGCGGUAAACAUGUUGACAAUAGUGUGGACAAGCUUUAUUUAUUUGACAAUGAAGACCAGAGGGUACAUAGAUGCUCGCCCCAGAAGAAAAUGUCUACCCAACUGAAAAUCAUAUGCGAAUGUUGUUUGAACGAAAAUUUUAGACCAUGCAGAAUGAAAAGUGCUAACCAAUUUUUGAAUCCAGACGAAUUCUUGGUUAUAAGAAAUAAUCAGCAAUACAUAUUUCAGAAGAUAAAAAACUUUAGUUUCACACAUUACGGGAAAAAAGAUAUAAAAGAAACUAAACAAAAUAAAGAAGAAUUUGUCAAAGUUGAAAUUGGUUCUGAUGGGGAGAUCAUCACUAAACCUAUAGACAAUGAUCUUAGGUCUGAUGACGUUAUCAUAGUGAAGGAUGAGAAAAAAGAUAGCAGUUCGAGUGAUGUAGAAAUAAUUGAGCCGGAACCAGAGAUUGAUAGUAUCAUAGACAAUUUGGAGGAAGCAGAUGAAGAGGUGAAAGAGUUCUUGGGGAAAUAUUCUUGUGAUACGAAUGCAGUUGCCGAACUCAAAUGCAGGUUCUGUGAGAAAAUAUUCGCUGAUGUCGUUGAAGUGAUGGAACAUUGUGAAACACAUAAACAUGAUUUGGAAGAAGGCGAAGUUUUUCCAUGCCCGCUUUGUAAUUAUGGUUAUGCCAAUUUGAAAUGGCUGAAGGGCCAUCUAAAAGCAGCUCACGAAAGGAAUAAAACUGCUGAAGAUGAUAAAAUUAAGGAUGACAAAGAUGAAGCGGACCCUUCGACGUCUUCAAAAGUAAAUUCACCGAUAGCAAAACGGACUCGCAGUUCUAACAGGAAAAGUGAUGAGGAGAGAAAAGAGAACGAGACGUCAGACGACGUAAAUACAGACACAAAUGUCCCUCCGAGUGAGCACAAGCCACCCAUCAUAAAAACAGAAGUAAAACAAGAGGCGCUGGACAGCAGUGAAGAUGAAAUUUGGAUAGUGCAGACUGCUGACAUGGAGACCAACCAGGAUCUGGAGAAGCUAUUGGUGGCGAACAAUAAGGGCACAGAGGAAGAGCAGGCCCCUAAAUCGGAGAAGACAUUUAAAUGCUUUAAUUGCAGUCAAAUCUUUACAACUGCCGAGAGUUUGUCGUCGCAUCGCUGUAAACGAAGAGGCAGGAAGCGCAAAGUGAAAGAUGAAAAUCUUAUUUGCAUACCUACAGAAGAGGAUUUCUUAAAGAGGGCUCAAGGACGUCCUAGACCCACUACAACAGGAGACAAUGAUUUGUUGGUGAUUCGUUCACGAAAGCGGCGCAACAAACAGCCAACUUGGAACCCACAGAUCGUGACCUGCCACAAUUGUAAUGAAUCUUUCACUUCCAAAGUGCGACUCAAGUUUCACAUGCAGUUCCACGAAAGCUCAAACACUAUGUUGUCAGACGGAAGAUAUUUGUGUACAGAAUGUACUGGAACCACCUUCUCCACGGAGACAGAGCUGUUCGACCACGUGCACUUCCAGCACGACAAACAGAAGAGGUGGCAGUGUCCUGUCGAAGGGUGCGGGAAGACGUUUUUCUUAAGGUAUAUGCCAAAACGCAGUGGCAACCCUGACAAAACAUAG